AUGUGCCCGAAAUCCUUUACCCGGAGUGAACAUCGCAUCCGACACGAGCGCAGCCACACGCUAGAGAAACCAUUUUCUUGUCGAUACUGUCGUCGAAAAUACGCCCGUCGGGACCUCGUCUUGCGGCAUGAGAAAACAAUUCACAAGGAUGAAUACAUAAAGGGAGCCUCCCCUAUCAGAAAAAAUGCAUCUUCAGCGAUAGACUCCGCCCAAAGAACGGAUGAUGUGGAAGGGUCGCCCUCGACUUCUAGUCUGGAAGCCACAUCGCCACCCCAACCAGUCUCGUUGAAUGGGAGUCAUCGUCGCAUCUCGAUAGCUCCUGCCGUCGCAUUCCCUACCCCACAACCUUGCCUAGAUGCGUUCCUAAACGAUGACUUAACCUCCUCCUUUGAUGCCCAAAAUGAUCAAAGAAAAGCUCCCCAGCAAAUUUCGCCUGAUUCAUCGAUGUCAGCUGAAAAAUAUGAUAUGCUUGAGAAAGCACUACAGACCGCUGGGCUGGAUUGCUCGGAGCCAGAGAGCGUACUGCCCGGGAGUGGGUUGAGCGAAGGCCAGGACGAAGCUGAGCCUUACUGGCCACUUCUAGAUAUUUCCCUGCCGUUUGAUGUCGGCAGUGGAUUUGAAUUUCCUCUAGAGUCCCGAUCCCCUCGGAUCUUAUUCAAUUUGAAUAACACGGGUCAGGAAGCGCCUGCUUUCCUCCGGGGGCUUCCCCCGCCCCCGGUUAACGUCCACCCCGACCCCCUACAUGCCGGCAUUCCUACUGUGGUUAUACGCGAUCGUCCAAGAACCAAGGCCGUUAUGUUCACCCAAGAUAUGCGACAGAAUAUAAUCUCCGAUUUGCUGGAUAUAGGUCUUGAUGCAGAUAUAGGAACUGCAGUCCCGUCUGCAACUGUGAUGCAAAAUUGCAUGCGCGGUUAUUUCGACCGAUUCCACAUCCAUCACGCCCUCUUUCACCCGCAUAAAUUCACCCUUGACCGGAUGGCGAGCCCUCUCAUUCUCGCCAUGUGUGCGAUCGGUGCGCUAUACCGACUAGACCGUAAGCUAUCGGCAUCCCUAUUUUGCAUGGCAGAGAGAGCUCUCGAUAUGCUCUCCUUGAAGAGAGAUGGCGAAGCAGCAAGCCCAUCGUUCGAAGCGAAAGCUACCAGCUCGUCGACCAGGCAAACUAUGUCCUCCCCGAAGCCCCUUUGGGAGCUGCAGACACGAGUCCUCCUUGUCUUUGUCGCUGCAAUCGGCGGACAGGCAGCAUUUAGUCGAAAGGCGAUCGAUGGGAUUGGGUUUCUUGCUUGUGAAUAUCGCAUCCUAGCGUCCUAUUUGUGCCGUGAUUCGUGGCAGGCUUACGUGUCUUGGAAUCACUGGAUCGGGAGGGAAUCCAAGAAGCGGGUACUUCAUGCAAUCCUAGCCAUCAGUGAUAUACUCAACAUCACCUUCCGUGUUUCUCCCAUUAUUUCCCUCGUCCAGGAAUAUGAUGUUGACCUACCAGAUGAUGAUGAAUUAUGGCAUGCGUCGACAGAGCUUGACUGGAUGCUCAUUGUUCAAGCUAGAACUCGAGGUCCACUACCAACACUGCGAAGUGCUGUUUCCCAGCUAUUAUACGGAGGAUCUCCAGAAACAGGACCCGUGUUGGAUCAGUGGUCACCCUGUGCUGUGGCCGUAGUCAUGCAUGCCGUAUCCAUACACACAUGGAACCUGAUGCAGAGCGCCCAAACGUUGACUGGAUUUGGGCUAAAUCUUCAUCCCCCGGGGGGCAUUCAAGCCCUGCUCGUCUCAAAUAUCGAGACUGCCCUUUCGCGAUGUUACCUGAUGAUCUCUAAUGCCCGAGCUGCGAAUGAAGUGACAUGGGAUGAAGCCGAAGGUCCCCUUUUGUUCAACAGCCUAUCCCUGCUCCGGGGGAUCCACGCCCGGGUUCUUACCGGUGUAGGCGGGCUUGAUCGUAUGGCCUUGCUGAGUGAUGUUGAGGAAGAUAUGACGGCGGCGGUUAAAGACUUUGUUACUCAAAAUUCAAAGAGGCACGCAGUUUCUGCAAAGACCGCUCGUGUGAUCUUUGACGGCAUUAUGACGAUUCUCAGAUCCGACGCAUUCCUGUUGCGCAAAACUGCUGCAUUCAACUGGAGCAUCGAACACGCCCUGGUUGGCAUUGAUUGUGCAAUAUAUCUAAGCAACUGCAUCCAGAAAAUUCAACUCAACCAAAAGCAACAUGAGGAAACUAACUCUGCAGAGUUGGAGUUUCUGAAGAUGGCAACAGACCUUUUGGUGGAGAUGGAGCAUGUUUCUAACGAACAAGAGUCCCUCGCUGCGGGUGUGCUACGGAUGUGGAAGAAUUUCUAUGACGAUGUAUGGGUCUGGGGAGUUACGCCCCGGAUUGCUCGGUUGUUUGAGCAACUCGCAUGCGCUUAUGACCUGCAACUCGCUUCGCUUGGUGAUACAGAUUGA